AGAGAGUUAGAUGCCAUGUUAGAUAAUGGAGAAGCUUAUCCUGCUGCCAGCUGCAAAACAGAGAGCAGAUUAGUGUCGUUCCUUGAGCAAAUCGGUCUUCCAAUAUAUGAAGCAUUGGAUGCGAAAGCUGCCAGAAACAAUAACAGGAAAGCUGCGCAUUCAGCACAGCGGAAUUAUGGUGACUUUGAUGAAUACUUUUGGUCGCUUGCUUGUUUUGAGUUGAGCUGGCCUAUGAGGAGGAAUGCACAAAUUUUGUUGAAGCCUAAAAAGGGAAUAUUCGCUAGUUGUAUCGGUACUCUGUGGCGGAAUUGAUACACGCUUUUGUGUGCUCAGUCCUUCUGAAUGCUUGCAAGUUUCCGAUGGAGCUGGUUAUGCGAAGCUUUGGGAUAAAAUUCAGUAUCAGUUAGCCCUUUGGUCCUCGGUUUCAAAUGAUUUCGCUGGUAUAUCGCUUUCCUCCCUUUGCUUAGCUUGGAAGGCUGGCAUGGGUUAUGUUUGUUUCAGGCUGAUGUUUUCUGUUUCUUGUUUCGGCUGCGGUGUUUUGGGCUCGUCUGCUUGACCACCCCUCACUUGUUUACUCCUCUUCUUUCUCUUAAUAACAUCGUCUCCUUAACGUAAA